AUGACCAUUGACGUCGGGGUCGACCUCACUGCGACGACAUUCGAUGCUGGCCCCACCAUUGGCGCUCUUCUCCUCGGGACGCUGGGCUCCUUCGUGCUCUGGGGGAUUGCGACGGGGCAGGUUUAUAUGUAUUUCAGUCGGUUUCCGCGGGACGGGAUAGCGCUCAAGUGGUUGGUUUCUGUUGUGUGGCUAUUUGAGCUCGUUCACGCUAUUUGCAGCGGCCACGUUACCUACACAUAUACCGUCACUAACUACGGGAAUCCGCGUAGCCUAUUGGGCAAAAUGCCAGCGACGCUGGCAUUCUCUGUGACGCUGGGUUCAAUAAUUACAGCUUUAGUGCAAGGAUUCUUCUGUUUCCGGAUCUGGACCCUCGCCCCAAACUGCUUCUUCAAACUCGUGUCAAUAGUUGUCUGGAUCAGCGCUUUCGCGUACCUCAUUGGCUCCUUUGCCGACACAGCGCUCUCCAUUCAAGCUGAAAACAUCCCUGCUUUCAUUGCCCAAUACAACUGGCUCCUCCUCGCGCCGACAGUGCUGAACCUCUUCAACGACAACGUCAUCACGAUGUCGCUCGUCACCAUUCUUCUCAUGACCCGCAGACAAGGCUUUGGGAGAACGACGGUGCUAGUAGACAAACUCAUAAAAUGGACUCUCGAGACGGGAAUGGUCACUAGUAUUUUUAGCUGUCUCAAUCUCGCCUUUUAUCAACAAGAACCACACAAUUUCGUUUGGGUUGCGAUGCAACUCAUCAAAGCCCGAUUAUUCGCGAACUGUUUGCUGGCGUCGCUGAACUCAAGGGAGUCAUUUCGUAUAAUGGACGAAGGGACGCACCAUCUGUCGACUCAGCGAUCUCGCGCAUAUUCGCGGUAA